AAUUUUACUCAAAUCCUUCGUCGCCAUCAACACUCGCUUCAAGACUUUCUGUCCUCAAAGCAUUCGUCCUUUAACUUGCUUUUCCUCAAACUAUUCCAUCAUGACUUCUACUUAUCAACCUCGUGUCGUGGGCGCACCCAAUAGUCUCGAAUACAGGGUCUAUAUUGAGGAUGUCGCUACCAAGAAAGUAGUCUCCCCUUUCCAUGACAUUCCAUUGUAUGCCAAUGCUGAAAAAACUGUUCUCAACAUGGUUGUGGAGAUCCCUCGUUGGACCAACGCCAAACUCGAGAUCUCCAAGGAGCACUUCUUUAACCCUAUUCUGCAAGAUACCAAAAAAGGCAAGCUCCGCUUUGUUCGCAACUGCUUUCCUCACCACGGAUACAUCUGGAACUAUGGUGCUUUCCCACAGACUUGGGAGGAUCCCAACUUCAUUCAUCCAGAUACCAAAGCCAAAGGUGAUCAGGAUCCCGUUGAUGUGUGCGAGAUUGGUGAACUGGUCGGUUAUGUUGGCCAGGUUAAGCAGGUCAAGGUUCUUGGAACUGUGGCUUUGAUUGACGAGGGUGAAACCGAUUGGAAGGUGAUCGUCAUUGACGUUAAUGAUCCUCUGGCACACAAGCUAAACGACAUUGAAGAUGUUGAGCGACAUCUACCUGGUCUGCUGCGUGCCACAAACGAAUGGUUCCGCAUCUACAAGAUCCCUGACGGUAAGCCCGAAAACAACUUUGCCUUUUCGGGCGAGGCCAAAAACAAAAAGUACGCUCUUGAUGUCAUUCAUGAGUGUAAUGAUGCCUGGAAGCGUUUGGUUGCCAAGCUGACUCCUUGCAAGACUGACGAUUACAACAUAUGUGUCGCGAAUACAGAGGUGGUCGACAGUCCCUACAAGGUUAAUGCUGACGACGCUCAGUACUCUGCUCUGCCAAAAAGUGCUCCCAAGGCUGCUCUUUCCAUCGAUUCCUCUAUCGACAAGUGGUUUUUCCUUUCGGGCCAGCCUAACCUCUGAUGUGUUUUUUCAAAACCGUUUGGAAUAAACAAGUCAUUUUUCUAUUACAUG